AUUUAACGCAACACUAGCUCGUUCAUGAAAUUAAAACUGCGCUGCGUCGUGAUUAAAACGCGCGCCACUUCCAAAACUGUCAAAACACGAUCUGUAUACACUACGACCGCGACGAAUCAGCGAAAAUGAGGAUGACAGUAUUCUUGGGUUUCGUCGCGCUGUACGCGUUGUCUCUCUGCGAGGCACGAGUUAAGUUGCGUCUCGCGGAUGGUAAACAUAAAUACGAGGGAAGAGUCGAAGCGUUUGUCAAUCGCCAGUGGGGACCCAUCUCCGCAAAGGAUUGGGAUAAAAAAGCGGCACAGGUCGUCUGUAGGCAGCUGGGAUUUGGUGGCGAAGUCAUACGAUACACAAAGGGAGUAACUUAUAGUCACCCAAAGAGAGUUCGGACAGUUUGGCUUGAGGAGAUCAAUUGUGAGGGAACGGAAAACCACAUUGACCAAUGCAAUCAUAGCGGAUGGGCGAAGCCCAAGAGAAGAUUGUCAUUUUACAAUUUAGCUGGUGUCAUGUGUUAUACCGAGGAAGGACGUAUCCUGCUACCCCCGGUGGAUUCUGCUUGGGGUGAUAUUGAUGUAUCAAAGAUAAAGUUCUGGCUUGAGGGUAAAGUGGAAAACGGAAUCAUCAGUGCUGGAUAUCUUCGCAUCUCCUACCAAACCAUGCAAGGAUACGUCUGCGCUGACAACUGGCAGUUUCAUUCUACGAGGGUGGCUUGCGGGCAACUUGGUUACUCCGAACCUCAAGAUUUCGAGGCGGAGAGAAAUGACGGGCCUUUUAUUUUGAACGGGCUUACCUGUGAUGGAACAGAAUCGUCAAUGUUGUCAUGUAACCACACUGGUUUCAUCCAAAGCCAGCAACCUUGCCGAAGUAAUGCCGCAGUAUGGGUGAGGUGUAAGGUGUUCAACAGGACAGUCAAAUUCAAAAAUUCAGCGAAUCUUAAACUCCGUGGGGCAGCUUAUCCAUGGGCUGGGCGCGUUGAGCUCAAAUAUAAACACACCUGGACUACACUGUGUGAUGAUGAAUGGAACUUGGAAGCAGCGAACACCGUUUGUCGUACGCUGGGUUACGGAACAGCACUUCAGGCGAGUCGUGCCGCAAAGUAUGGACAAGGAACUCAAUUGACCAUUGUGGAAGGUAUAAAAUGCAAGGGAGAUGAAAAAAAUAUCGAGGAUUGCGCGUGGACCGUGCUGGAACCGCGGACCAACUGUACUCAUUUUGAAGAUGCUGGUGUGCAUUGCAACGCACCCAAGUACCAGCUGAAAGAGGUUCGAUUAGUCGGUGGAAGAAACUCUUCUGAAGGCCGCGUUGAGGUAAAGAUUGGCGGAAAGUGGGGCACAGUGUGUGGCGAUCAUUGGCAUGUAAAGUCGGCGAUGGUCGUGUGCAGGGAACUGGGCUUGAAUUUUGCGGAAAAGAACAUCACUGGGAGGGAGUUUGGUGUUGGAGAGGGAAUGGUGAUGAGUAAUCCUAUUUGUAUGGGAGAUGAAAUAUCGUUGACGCAAUGUCUCCGCGACGAAAGUUUCACGUGUUCAUCCCCUGACAACGUCGCCGGUGUUCGCUGCACAGAUGCGCUUCCCGAUUUGGCUUUGAGCAUACGAGAUAUCAUUCGAACCCUUCGAGUGGAUUACUUGCCCAAUCAGAUGUUGCGUUGCGCUUGGGAAGAGAACUGCCUGCCAAGCAAAGCCAACAGAUACAUGGACGAAACUUACAUACGAUAUUACACAAGACGUUUGAUGAGAUUCAGCACAGUUAUAUUAAAUUUUGGCUCGGCCGACUACCGACCGUUAGCGAAGAAGGAAGACUGGAUCUGGCAUAGUUGCCAUAAACACUUUCACUCGCAAGAGGAAUUCGCCACUUAUGACUUGCUGACUGCGGACCGAGCGAGACGAAAGGUGGCAGAAGGGCACAAAGCGAGCUUUUGCCUUGAGGACACGAGUUGUCUGAACGGGGUAGACAGAAAGUACAACUGCACUGCUGGAACUCAGGGCAUCUCUUUGAACUGUUUUGACGAUUACUCGUUUAGUAUUGAUUGCCAAUGGAUCGAUGUCACCGAAGUGCGCUAUUUGAGACCUUACAUAUUUCACGUGAACAUCAAUCCUACAUUGGAAGUCCCCGAGACAGAUUUCGACAAUAAUGUUAUUGUCUGUGAUAUUUAUGAUAGAGGCUCGUUCAUUCGCGUCCGGGAUUGCGGCUACGAUUACUGCACAAGUGGCCUCAGAUCUCAUGGUGGUAACGCAAACAGAGCUUGUUGCGUAUUUCCGUUCAGAUUCCGAGGCGUUUGGUAUAAUACAUGUACCAAAACGUCUCUGGACAAAUAUUGGUGUUCCACGACAACGAUUUUCGAAGAUGACUACAAGUGGGGACUAUGCUAGUCUGUCACAAUUACAGACCAAAUCACUGCUGCAAUUUUUAAAUUUCUGUAUAGUGUUAAAGUAUAAUUUGUUAAUACACUCCAUUAAAGAUU